UCAACAGAUGUAUAUUUUUAAUGUUCUAUUUCAACUCGGUAGAUGGCGACAUAGCCUGGGCCAUCUCUUUUACAGACGUGAAACGCAGCAGCCUAAAUAUGGGUCGGUGCGUCGGUGCUCCUGUUGGAUAUCCUCUUCCGCCCGCUAUUGCGCACAAAACACCAUAUUAACAUAAUAAUAAUAGCUACAAUGCAGGGUUGAUGUAAAUAUUUUUGAAUAAAAAAUUGCUUUUUACUUCAACCCUCUAAUAUUGGUACAUUCCCAGCGUCACCCGAAACAGAAACAGCCAAUGUUUGAUUGUGGAACAUUAAGAAUCAAAAACGAAACCCAGUCACUGCAUGAAGGCACUGGUCGAUGUCACGCAUUAUUGUAGGCCUCUUAUUUACCCCAUGCAACAUGAUAUUUAAAACAUCCAUCCUCCUUCCACGUAUCAGAAUCCUAUCCUCAGCGGGUCGUCUGUCAGGUAAUCGACUUGACUUCAUGCAUGUCAAAAACAUUUCAAGUACUGCAGGUUUCCGUCCAAAACGACCCCUCACUCUCCUGUUUGGAUCGGUGAGGAGGAAUGUAUCAGCUGAGUGCAACUGGGGAAGUCAAAUGUUCGCCAAACAGUCAAGCACUGCGACCCGAUGGAACAAGUUGUCAACAACAACCACGUUGCAGAAGGACGGGUUCACCCGUUCCCGUGAGAGGGGAGUUUUGCUUCGUAAAGUUGUCCUCGGCGCACUCGGGUUCGCCACCACUGCGGCCGUAUGUGUCCACACCAGUGCCCGGGUCACCAUGGCCGAAGGGACAGAAUCUCUGAAGGUUAACCUUGAGUCCGCUGAGGCAGACUGGAAGGAGACCAAGGACCGGAUGCUGUCCUUGCCGCUGGAUGAGAGGCGGCGGUUCUACAGGACCCGUUGCUAUACGUCACUGGACCAGGUCCCUGUGUGGAGUCCCUCUCCAGUCCCCUCUUCAGAGCAUCAACGGUGCCCCAGGAACAAGAAGCUGGACGGGCGGAUCGCCCUCUACACGGGCGACGUCACACAGCUGGAGGUGGACGCCAUCGUGAACGCAGGUGUGUGAGAGAGAGAGAG